GACGUCUAGUAAAUUCGCUGCAAAUUCGAUAGUGUGGGCCAGUUUUUUUAAGUGGAUAGAUGACGUUAGAAAAAUUUAACGCAUGGGAUGCAGUCUGUUGACGUGGCGUAUGGGUACCGGAAUAUUGGUUCUAGAUGAUUUCGUCCUGACGUGGAGUUAAAUAGACUGUCGUUGUAAUUGUUAGUUAUAGUGAGAGUAACUAUGACGACUACGAUAAUCGCUGUCCGCUGAUAAUGGCUCCCUGCAGAGAAUUGCCGAGUCGACCGUGUCCUUGCUGCGGGAAGCGGAUCACAAGUUCCGGAUCGUGUUCUCCUCGACGCUGGGCGUCAUGAUAUACGCGGGAGCCGCGGGAGGCGAACAGCCGUCGGGCGCCAACAAGCCCUGCGACUGGUCGUACAUGGAGGACUACGACUUCACGUGCAACGACAGCGUGCUCAGGGGCAAACGCCGCUACGACUCGGACGGCAAGUACGAGUACGUCACCUACAACGAUGACGACCGCCAGUACUACGUAACCUACGAGUCCAACCGGAGCAUAGCUGAGAAGUGCGAGAUGUACGUUCCAAACAUCUCGGAAGGCUGGGCACUCUUCGAGAUCCAGCGUGACGUCGGUGCCAAGUGUUCUCCGUUCGGAUUGAGCUACGAGCGCUUGGAAACAGCACAGAUCAUAGCCCGCAACAGAACUCUCGUUGGGUAACGCUAGGGUUUGACUCAAAGGACGCACCAGUCACCAGGACCGAGCAUUCUGAUGGCAUUUUCCGGAGGCGACGUUUGCUGUACCUCCUGGGCUUUAGAUGCUGUGUCCCAAAAAACGAUUACUCUAAUUCCCGACGACGCGUCGCAUUUUGCAGGUUCAAGGUUGGCCUUUCUUUCGUAUUAUUACCUUUUUAUGCUCAGUCAUCGGUGGAGUAUUGUAUUCUUUAUUGUAUUGAAAAAUGUUCAUGACUGAGAAUCUAAUAAUUACUAUUGUGUAACUUGUGCCUUUUGGCGCAAGACCAGUGGCCCAUAAGCUGUAGCUUUUCUACAUUGCUCACAUGCAUUGCAGAGCAGAGGGAAUGCAACGUGAACAUAAUAAACGAAAGGAAACAUCUCUCA